GCGGCAAUGGCAACGAACUUCAUGGUAAAGUUCUAUAAUUCGACAAACAAAAAACAAAAUGUUUGAAAAAUCUUGCUGAUCAAGCCAAAAUGGGAGUUCACGGUCUCUGGGAACUACUGGCUCCCGUCGGCCGCCGCGUGUCCGUUGAAACUCUAGCCGGAAAGAAACUCGCCAUCGAUGCAAGUAUUUGGAUGGUUCAAUUCAUGAAGGCGAUGCGAGAUGAGAAAGGAGAAAUGGUUCGGAACGCGCAUUUGUUAGGGUUUUUCAGGAGAAUUUGCAAGCUUUUAUAUCUAAAAACUAAGCCUGUUUUCGUCUUCGACGGUGCCACGCCGGUUCUCAAGCGCCGCACUGUUAUUGCUCGCCGUCGGCAGCGAGAAAAUGCCCAGGCUAAGAUCCGCAAAACCGCUGAAAAAUUGCUCCUCAAUCAACUAAAACAAAUGAGAUUGAAAGAGUUGGCAAAGGAUCUCGAUAACCAGAGGAGAAUGCAAAAGAAUAGUAAUAAGGGUAAGAUGGUUUCUUCGGAUAACCGCUCUGACACUAACAUUCCAGGAUAUAAUGCCAAUGUGGAAUUGACAAAAGAAGAUGAUGUAAAGCUGAAGGGAAAAUUAGAAGUGCCUAGUACUGCAAAGGAUGGGGGCCACAAGGACAAUGAAGAUGAAGAUGAAGAUGAAGUGAUAAUACUGCAUGAUAUUGAUGGAAAUAUUGAUCCUGAUGUUUUAUCUGCCUUGCCACAAUCAAUGCAACACCAACUUCUUAAGCAGAAUGAUGCUAAGGGUAAGAAUAUUCUACUAAAUAACCCGAAUCAAUCUAACAUUGAGAGGAGUAGCAUAGAACAUGACACUACGGCAUCAAUUAGUUGCAAUCAGGAAAAGCUGGAUGAAAUGUUGGCAGCGUCUCUCGCAGCACAGGAAGAUAGCAGCUUAGCUAAUAAUGCAUCAGCAUCAGUUGCAGCUAUCCCUUCUGAGGAGGAUGGUGAUGAAGAUGAAGAGAUGAUACUUCCAGCAAUGCUUGGGAAUGUUGAUCCCACUGUUUUAGCUGCUUUGCCUCCAUCUCUGCAACUUGAUCUUCUUAGUCAGAUGCGAGAAAGGUUGAUGGCUGAAAAUAGACAAAAGUAUCAAAAAGUCAAAAAGGCGCCUGAAAAGUUCUCUGAGCUACAAAUACAAUCUUAUCUUAAAACUGUUGCUUUCCGUCGAGAGAUAGAUGAAGUUCAGAAAGCUGCUGCUGGGAGGGGGGUUGCUGGCGUACAGACGUCCAGGAUAGCCUCUGAAGCCAACAGAGAAUUUAUUUUUUCAUCGUCAUUUACUGGAGACAAACAGGUACUUGCAUCUGCUAGAAAAGAGAGAGAUGAAAAUAAGCAACAAGAGAUACAUUCAGAUCAUCCUUCAGGUUCUUUGUGUAGUGUUAAACCAAGCUGUAAGUCUAAUGUGUUAACAGACUCAGUCCCUGAUGAAUCUACUAGUGCUCCUGAUGACGAUGUUGGGACAUAUCUUGAUGAGAUAGGCCGUGUAUGUGUCAGUAGAGUGAGAGGUAUGGGGAUUCGUAUGACUCGUGAUUUACAAAGGAACUUAGAUUUGAUGAAAGAGAUUGAACAGGAAAGAACAAAUUUGAAUAAGGGUGUGAAUCUGCAGUCUGUGCCAGAUAAGAACAAAAUUGACACUUCAAAGAGUGUAUCUAGUGGAAACCAUUUUGUAGAAAUUUCACAUGAUGGUAACUCUGAAUCUGUAAAUGUGAAUGAGAACCAGCAGUCUGCAUUUAAAACUGAAGCUUGUAUGGAAAUAACUUUCGAAUAUGAUGGAAAGAACGAGUAUUUUGAUGAUGAUGAUGGUGAUAUUUUUGCAAUGUUAGCAGCAGGUGAUCCUGUGACACUACCUUCUCCUGAGGAAAAAUCUUCGAGAAAGCAGGCUUUGGGUUCUGAUUCAGAUUUUGAGUGGGAGGAAGUUGUGGUUGAAGGAAAUGGGAAUGGUGUUACUCUUGGUAUGAAUGCUGAAAAAACUCUUUUGAACAAGGAAAACAAUAUUACUGAUGAGAGUGAAGUUGAAUGGGAGGAAGAGCCAUCUGAUGCUCCCAAUAGUUCCUCUGUCCCUGUUGAAUCGGGUAGAGUGCUUUCUAAAGGUUAUUUGGAAGAGGAGUCUGAUCUACAGGAAGCGAUAAGGAGAAGUCUUACAGAUGUAGGCGUUGAAAAAUCUAAUUAUUUUCCUUCUGAAGUUGUUGAAUCAAAAACCUUAGGAGAAAACUUGGAUGAAGGUUUUGGAUCUCUGCACGAGAAGGGUAAUAUGGAUGGACCAAGUUUUCCAGGGGAUAAUGUUAAUAGUCAGAAUAAAUCUUGUGAAAAUUUAGAUAGACUCCAGAAGCUGUACACUGGGAAUGAACCAAAUAUAUCAGAAAGCUUAAAUUCUCCCAAGGGCCCAUCACCUAUACAUAAUUCUGAUAAAAACAUGACACUACUGAAUAAACCUUCUGAAAGAUCUGAUGGUUCUCAUUCUGAACAAUCAAGGUGCAAUGCAAGUUCGGAAUUAGUUGCAACAAUUGAAAGGCUCAAUUUUCCUACAGGGAAGCACUGGGCUGCUUCUAAGGGAGUUGACAGGGUGCCCACCAUGUCUGACAUUGGGUUUAAGGACAGUUCUCAUAGUUUGUAUACAGAACAUGGUGAACUUCCUGGUGCCAUUCUGGUUGAUAAGAAAACUGGUUCUGAAGAUGAGCUGUCUAACCUGGUCAGUGAUAAGAAAAGUAAUGUUGUUUUGGGUCAAGAUAACAAAAAUAAUUUUGAAUGUAAACCAUCACAGCAAUCAAUUGAGGCAGUUGGGUCAUCCAUUCCCCGGGUACAGUCUUAUGUGAAUACAAUAAUAUCUGAUAUUCACAUUGAGCAAGAACUAGCAGGGGAUAUACCUUACAGAAAUUGUGUCAACGAAGCAGAGCAGCAUAAAGACAUGUCUACCAUUAAGAACAAUGAUAGUGAAGAAAUUAAGUUCUCGGAGACUAGCUUGGAUGAGGAACUGCUAAUUCUAGAUCAGGAAUGUAUCAAUAUGGUAGAUGAGCAGAGGAAGCUUGAACGUAAUGCAGAAUCUGUGAGUAGUGAGAUGUUUGCAGAGUGUCAGGAAUUGCUGCAAAUGUUUGGCUUACCCUACAUUAUUGCACCAAUGGAGGCAGAAGCUCAAUGUGCUUAUAUGGAGCUUACAAACCUUGUUGAUGGUGUUGUCACUGAUGAUUCUGAUGUAUUCUUAUUUGGAGCACGAAGUGUUUACAAGAAUAUAUUUGAUGAUCGGAAAUAUGUGGAGACUUACUUCAUGCAGGACAUUGAGAAGGAGCUUGGAUUAACAAGGGAAAAGUUAAUGCGAAUGGCAAUGCUUCUUGGGAGUGACUACACUGAAGGGGUUAGUGGAAUUGGUAUUGUUAAUGCUAUUGAGGUAGUGAAUGCAUUCCCAGGAGAAGAUGGACUUCAUAAAUUCCGGGAGUGGAUUGAAUCCGCAGAUCCUACUAUCUUGGGGAAGCUUAAUGUGAAAGAAGGAUCCAGUGCAAGGAAGAGAGGGUCUGAAAGAAGGACCGGAGAUCAGAAAACGUUUCAAGCUGACAAGAACAAGCAGUCUACUGAUUGUAUAGAUGACAUAAAGCAGAUUUUCAUGGACAAGCAUAGGAAUGUGAGCAAAAACUGGCAUAUACCCUCUUCAUUCCCAAGUGAAGCAGUUAUUUCUGCAUAUUCUUCGCCACAAGUCGAUAAGUCAACUGAGUCAUUCACAUGGGGAAGGCCAGAUCUUUUUGUCCUUCGCAAACUGUGCUGGGAGAAAUUUGGAUGGGGUAGUCAGAAAUCGGACGAGUUGCUUCUGCCUGUUUUAAGAGAAUACGAAAACCGUGAGACUCAAUUGCGAAUGGAAGCCUUCUACACUUUCAACGAAAGAUUUGCGAAAAUCCGUAGCAUGAGAAUUAAGAAAGCAGUUAAAGGAAUCACCGGAAACCAGUCGUCGGAGCUGAUAGAUGAUAGCAUGCAACAAGGUUCUAAAAGUAGGAAAAAGAGAAGAGUUAGCCCAGUCCAAAGUGGAGAAAAAUCAGGGGAAAGUUCAAACAUGAAAAGGAACAUUUCUCAAUGUCAGAGCAAAUCCAUGGAGAAAACAGUGCCUAAGACAUCAAGGAAACGGCAACACUCUGGUAAGGAUGUUCCAUCUCAAAUGAGCACUCCAGAACAACAACAGAUGUCGCAGACUAAGAGCCCCAAACAAUCAGAUGGGAAUGGAAGAGGUAGAGGUCGUGGUGAAGGAAGAAAAAGGCGUAAAGCAAGUCGUGAUUUUCAGCAGUCUGAAACCAGCUCUUCUGAUGAUGAUAGUGGUAAUGAUAAUCGGGAAGUUGAUGAGAAGUUAGAUCAGCCUCGUGAAGUGCGAAGGUCCAAGCGAACUCGAAAAGUUGUGAGUUACACCGUGAAUGACCUAGAAGAUGAGGCUGAAGUGAGCCAUAAAGACUCCUCUGGUGAAGACGCAAUGGAGAAAGAAGCAGGUAAUGGUGUAAAAGAAAAGAUCCAAUCUGAAGCUAGAGAGCCUUCUUCGAUCGAUGGAGACUAUCUUGAAACAGGAGGUGGAUUCUGCAUGGAUGAGAGGGCAACUGAUCAACCUGAUGAAAACCAAGAAGUUGAUCCCUCUGAAACUGAACCAGCUAAUGAUUACCUGAAAAUGGGAGGCGGAUUUUGCACUGGAGAAAGAGACGAUGAUCAACCCGAGGCAAGCCAACAUGAUCCCUCUUUUGAAACCGAACCGACUAACGAUUACCUGGAAAUGGGAGGUGGAUUUUGCAUGGAAGAAAGUGAGACAACCAAGGAUCUAGAUACUGGUUACUACCAAGAUCCUGUACAAGCAACCGAGUGCUUUGCUUUUAUGGACAAAGCCAAUGAUAAUAAUAAACCAAUUGUUGCACCGUGUCUGGACUAUCAAAAUGCUGCAAAUAAAGAUGAUUGCAAGGAAAGUGCACCACUUCAAGAGACAAGCUCAAGUGGUGUCAGAGCGACAUUCAUAGGCGGUCUAAGGGCAAUGCCUUGCUUGAAGAGAAAGCGCCGGAAGAGGUGAACUGCAGUCGAAUUUCUGGCUUGUCUGAAACAAUUAGAGCAUGCAAGUUAUCAAUCUGUUUUCUCUUGGGACUUGUGUAAAUUAAAAAUUCUCUAGACUCCGAAUAUUGGACUAUAGAUGACAAAAUCUCAAAGCUGAAUUUCAAGAAAGUUC